ACUUGUACUCAAGUUUCGAGAAAUGAGACAAAAUUGGAGUAUCGAGGGGCAGAGUCAAAGUAUGAUGAUAGUUUGAUUCACCGGCAAUGGAGCAUCCGGAACCACCGGAGUGCCCGGUCUGUCUGCAAGUGUACGACUCCGUUGCAACGAUCCCGCGUGUACUCGCCUGUGGCCACUCUGCCUGCGAGCCCUGUCUCGCCCAGCUCCCAAACGCCUUCCCUCACACCAUCCGCUGCCCCGCCUGUACUCAGCUUGUGAAGCUACCCAAACCCCUCUCCUCUCUCCCCAAGAACAUCGACCUCCUCCGCCUCUCCUCCCUCCUCCACAACCACAACUCUCCACCACCCAAUACCGCAAAUUCGCUGCGGGAACCCGAAAAGGACUCCGCAGUUUUCCUACCCGUUUUGUGGUCUCGUGAAUUCUACUUGUAUUGGAAGCCAUGGCUUCUCCCAGAGAACAGCUUAUCCACUGAACCACGAAAUUCUGGUACUAAAAGUCCCGAUGAUUUCUGUUAUUUGUUGUAUGGGUGUUUGAGAAAUCAUGAUAGUAGGAGCAAUAGAUGUUCCGUAGAGAAAGAGGAAGUAUGUCUGGUUAAAGUUGGGAUCUUUAUUGACAAAAACGAGAGCUGUUCUAAGUUUAAGUAUAGUUAUGAAGUGAAAGUGUUGAGAGUAUUAUAUGGGAUGGCAGAGGGGGUAAGAAAUGAAUUAGACUUGAUUUUGAAUGCAGGCUCAGAACACCGUGGAGCGUGUAAAGUUUAUGGCUUUUGGUAUAAUGUAGAUGACAAUUGUGUGUAUUUAGUUUGUCAGAGAUUUCAGGGGAGCGUAAUAAUGUUAACUGAUUUGAUUGCUGGUGAAAAUGAGGAGGAGAGGGUUAGAUGUAUGACAAGUUGGGCAAUGGUUGGGCUAGGAAUUUGUGAGGCUGUGUAUAAUUUGCAUUUGCAAGGACUAAGCAUUGGUUGUUUGGGAGCAUCUUGUUUUGGUUUAGAUGAAUUUGGCCAUGCUUAUGUUGAUAUUUGUGAGACUUUGAUAGCCGGAAGGAGAGUUGGGAAGAUGAUUGCAGGGAAGGAGGCAAUGAGUGAUCAAAACCUUUCUGCAAGUUUGGAAAAUGAAAACACGGUAGUAUGUUCUUUUGUUAGUCCUGAGGCAAUGUUUGAGUUAUUGAAAGUUGAGGGUGUUCAAGUAGGUUUUGGCAGUUCGGAGUGUGAUGUUGGAUUUGGGUUGGAUGUUUGGUCUAUAGCUUGUUUGCUGCUUUCGCUUCUUAUUGGAAAACCUUUUACUGAAGAGAUGCAAAUUUAUUUACGAUAUCUUGUUACUUUUGCAAGUGAUGAAAAAGGUUGUGAUUUUGUUGGGUGGUACACUGUGUGGAAGGAGAGGAUUGUUUCUUUGUUUGUAUGUAAACUGGGACCUAACUUUAUUUCUUUAAGGGAAAUUCUCUGCAGAUGUUUGGAUUUUAAUCCUGAAAAUCGCCCACUUGUUCUUGAACUGUGGAAAAGCUUGAGAGAGGUGAUUGUGAAACCUGAUUUUGAUGUUUUAAUCAACUUAAAACAGGUAAGCAAGAAGGAGAGUAUGCCUCAUUGCUUACUGUUUGGAGACCUCUGUCUAUCAAUCUGGAGGACUAACAAAAAAUCAAUGGGUGAAAAUCAAAUAAAAGAUGCUGAGGAAGUUGAAAUCUCAAAGAUUGACAAGGAUGUUGUUGAGGGAAUCCCUGACGGUCAAGUCAAAUGUAUUGAUCUAAAAGAACAUCGUGACUGUAUAACAGGCUUAGCUAUUGGAGGUGGUUUUCUUUUCAGCUCUUCAUUUGAUAAAGUGGUGAAUGUGUGGUCUUUGCAGGAUUAUUCUCAUGUUCAUGCGUUUAAAGGUCAUGAACAAAGAGUUACUGCUGUAGCUUUUGUGGAUGAUGAAAAACCGCUAUGCAUUAGUGGUGACAAUGGGGGUGUCAUAUGCAUUUGGGGUGCCAGUGUUCCACUGGGCCCAGAACCAAUUAAGAAAAUAUACGAGCAAAAGGAUUGGCGGUAUAGUGGUAUUCAUGCCCUUGUGGUCUCUGCGAGCAAGUAUAUAUACACGGGUAGUGGAGACAAGUCAAUAAAAGCAUGGUCACUGCAGGAUUACGAGUUAUCAUGCACAAUGAAUGGCCAUAAGUCGGUUGUUUCUUCAUUAGCAGUUUGCAAUGAGGUUCUUUAUAGUGGAAGUUGGGAUGGAACUGUGCGAUUAUGGUGCCUAAGUGAUCACAGCCCGUUGGCAGUGUUGGGCGAAAGUACGCCUGGAGAGUUGACUUCAGUUUUGUCUAUUGCUGCUGAUGAGCAUACACUCGUUGCAGCUCAUGAGACUGGCAUUAUUAAGAUCUGGUUUAAUGAUACGCUACUGAAGUCUACACAAGCCCACAAUGGAGCUGUAUUCUCUGCCUGCAACAAGGGUAGAUGGAUUUUCACUGGUGGUUGGGACAAGACUGUAAGUGUGCAGGAGAAAAUUGACGGGUUGAACAAAACUUGGAGUAACAUCACCAGUUUGAACCACUGGGUCGUGAGAGAAUAUGGGAGGCUCGUCAAUUCUGUUAAUGCUCUUGAACCCCAAAUUCAGAAGCUUUCAGAUGAACAGUUGAGUGCAAAAACACUGGAGUUUCGCAGACGGUUGAGAGAAGGAGAGUCCAUAUCCCAUAUUCAAGCUGAGGCAUUUGCUGUUGUUCGUGAAGCUGCAAAAAGAAAGUUGGGAAUGCGCCACUUUGAUGUUCAGAUAAUUGGUGGAGCUGUGCUUCAUGAUGGAGCCAUUGCAGAGAUGAAAACUGGUGAAGGGAAGACCUUAGUGUCCACAUUAGCAGCAUACCUCAAUGCUUUGACUGGAGAGGGUGUUCAUGUUGUCACAGUUAAUGACUACCUAGCACAACGUGAUGCUGAAUGGAUGGGACGUGUUCAUCGUUUCCUAGGGCUUUCUGUUGGCCUUAUCCAAACACGGAUGACGGCUGACGAGAGGAGAUUGAAUUAUGGAUGUGAUAUAACAUAUACUAACAAUUCAGAACUUGGUUUUGACUAUCUACGAGAUAACCUUGCUACUAGUCGCGAACAACUUGUUAUGAGAUGGCCAAAACCUUUCCAUUUUGCAAUAGUUGAUGAAGUUGACUCGGUCCUCAUUGAUGAAGGAAGAAAUCCUUUACUAAUUAGUGGUCAGGCAAGUAAAGAUGCUGCACGAUAUCCUGUUGCUGCUAGACUAGCUGAGCUGCUCAUGAGGGAUCUUCAUUACAACAUAGAGUUUAAGGAUAGAUCUGUGGAAUUAACUGAAGAAGGAAUUUUUCUUGCUGAGAUGGCUCUAGAAACAAAUGACUUGUGGGAUGAGAAUGAUCCAUGGGCAAGAUUUGUAAUUAAUGCUUUAAAAGCCAAGGAGUUUUAUAAGCAGGAUGUCCAAUACAUUGUCAGAAACGGGAAAGCUCUAAUAAUAAAUGAGUUGACUGGAAGAGUGGAAGAUAAAAGACGAUGGUCUGAUGGCAUUCAUCAGGCUGUGGAGGCUAAAGAAGGUCUAGAGAUUAAGGCUGAUUCAGUUGUUGUGGCACAAAUUACAUACCAGUCACUAUUUAAGCUAUACCCUAGGCUUUCAGGGAUGACUGGAACUGCAAAAACAGAGGAGAAAGAGUUUUUGAAAAUGUUCAAAACGCCAGUGAUAGAAGUUCCUGCAAAUCUGCCAAACAUCCGAAAAGACUUGCCCAUUCAAGCUUUUGCUACCGAACGAGGAAAAUGGGUACAUGCUUGUGAAGAGAUCGAGUUCAUGUUUAGACUGGGUCGUCCUGUUUUAGUCGGGACCACAAGUGUUGAGAAUUCAGAGCAUCUGUCUACCUUGCUAAGGAAAAGAAAAAUUCCACACAAUGUCCUCAAUGCUCUACCCAAGUAUGCUGCUAGAGAGGCUGAAAUUGUUGCCCAAGCAGGGAGAAAGCAUGCUAUCACUAUCUCUACUAAUAUGGCAGGAAGGGGUACUGACAUUAUCCUAGGAGGAAAUCCAAAGAUGCUUGCAAAAGAAAUUUUGGAGGACAGCUUAAUUUCAUCUCUGACACAAGAUGUUCCUCAAACUGACAUUGAUGGAGAGUUGAAUUUAAAAAAGGUCUUAUCCAAAAUAAAAGUUGGACCAUCAUCUCUAGCUUUGUUAGCUAAGGCAGCUCUGAUGGCUAAGUAUGUAUGCAAAAAUGAGGGUAAGAAAUGGCCAUAUGAAAAGGCAAAAUCUAUGAUUUCUGAAUCUAUAGAAAUGAGCCAAUCCAUGGAAUUGGAAGAGCUGCAGAAGCUUGCUGAUGAUCAAUCUGAAAUGUACCCUCUUGGCCCAUCUAUGGCACUUACAUUCUUAUCAGUUCUGAAGGAUUGUGAGUCACACUGUUUAAAUGAGGGAUUAGAAGUGAAAAGGCUUGGGGGCCUGCAUGUGAUUGGGACAUCUUUACAUGAAUCCAGAAGAAUUGAUAACCAGCUUCGAGGAAGAGCAGGCAGGCAAGGAGAUCCUGGAUCGACAAGAUUUAUGGUAAGCUUGCAGGAUGAGAUGUUUCAAAAGUUCAACUUUGAUACUGAGUGGGCAGUGAAGCUUAUAUCUAGGAUUACUAAUGAUGAAGAUACUCCAAUUGAAGGUGAUGCGCUUCUUAAACAGCUUUUGUCCCUCCAAAUCAGUGUGGAGAAGUACUUCUUUGGCAUAAGAAAGAGCCUUGUGGAAUUUGAUGAAGUUCUUGAGGUGCAAAGGAAGCAUGUCUAUAAUCUUCGCCAAUUAAUAUUAACUGGUGAUUUUGAAAGUUGUUCGCAGCACAUUUUGCAGUACAUGCAGGGUGUGGUAGAUGAGAUUAUUUUUAAUUAUGUAGAUCCGCAGAAGCAUCCAAGCAAGUGGUUUUUGGGUAAGCUCUUGAGAGACUUCAGAGGAUUUGCUGGAAAAACAUUAAAUGAUUCAUUCUUGGAGAUCACUGAGGAAUUGUUGCUGGAUUCACUUCUUCAGCUCCACGAUAUGGGUUCUGUAACUAUUGAUGACUUUUGUAUCCCAAACUUGCCUGGAAAACAAAAUCCUUUUAGAGGUAUUCGUGGCAAAACCGCUUCGUUGAAACGGUGGCUAGCCAUAUGCGCCGAUGAUUCAACCAAAGAUGGGAUGUACAGAGUGACGGUUAAUUUCCUUCGCAAGUACCUUGGAGACUUUCUGAUUGCCUCGUAUUUGGAUGUGAUACAAGAAUCUUGUUAUGAUUCUGAAUACGUUAAGAGAAUAGAGAGGGCAGUACUUCUGAAGACUUUAGAUAGCUUUUGGAGAGAUCAUCUCGUAAAUAUGAACAGGCUUAGUUCAGCAGUGAAUGUGAGGACUUUUGGGCUGAGGGAUCCACUUGAAGAAUACAAGAUUGAUGGUUGCCGCUUUUUCAUCUCUAUGCUCAGUGCAACCAGGAGGUUAACUGUUGAAUCGCUCUUGCGGUACUGGUCAUCCCCCAUGGAAUCUCAAGAAUUGUAUUCAUAGGGAGGGUUUUCAUCCCUACAUACCUAUGCCUACUGCUCAACCACAGGAGGAUAUUGGGAGGUUUACGUUUCAGAUGCUUUUGAGUUUGAGGGUUCUAUUCAGUCUUCCCGAUACGUUCCUAAUUCAGAAACGCCAGGGGCGGGGCAGGGCAGGGCGUAUCACUUCCCCUUCCCCUUCUCGGCCCAUUGUUUGACAGAAUCGUGUUGUUCAAGUCUAGCAGUACAAACCGCGAGUCUCAGUCAUGAAUUAUAAUCCACAAGUUGUUGCAAAGACAACUUCAAACAGCGGUUAGGUAAGGUAAGGUGCUCAUUUUCCCUUGUGAUGUAUCAAGGUAGCUGCUCUGCUAUGACGCCUUGCUACCACAGAUUUUAUAGUGGUUCAAAUGAUUUACUAAUGAUGAAAAAACUCAAGCAUUUCUGCUUUUUUGCCAAUUUAUUUUAUAUCAAAAUAAUAUCUUGUACUAAUUAUUUUCACUUAGCUAGUUAUGGAUAAUAAUAAUGAUAUCAAACAAACAUUUGUAUAUUGUAACAAUUAUAAUAUGUGAUACUAGAAAAAUUCAA